AUGGACAGCCAGGAUGGGAAGCCCAUUCCGAAGCCCAGCUAUUGUUCAGGCAGCGCGGGCAAACUUCACCGCCUGAGGAGAGCCAUGGAAGGACAGCCCAUUUACCUGGCCGUGAAGGGAGUAGUAUUUGAUGUCACUUCUGGAAAAGAAUUUUACGGAAAAGGAGCCCCAUACAAUGCUUUGGCUGGAAAAGACUCAACAAGAGGAGUUGCAAAGAUGUCUCUGGACCCAGCGGACCUUACGCAUGACAUAACAGGACUCACAGAAGAGGAACUGAAGUCCCUGGAUGAUAUCUUCAAUAAUGUUUAUAAGGCCAAAUAUCCAAUUGUUGGCUAUACUUCUCGACGAAUUCUGAAUGAGGAUGGCAGCCCAAAUCUAGACUUUAAACCUGAAGAUCAACCACAUUUCAACAUUAAAGAUGAAUUUUGA